GGGAGCCCAGCCGAGGCGCGAGGACCGAGCGAGCUUCUCCCGUGGGCUCCCCUCCCCCCUGCGGCGACCCCCGCUCCGGCCGACUGGUCCCCGAAACGGUGGCGGCGGUUUGUGGUCGUUGGUCCCAAGGAUUUAGGACCAACAUUUGAAGACCCGAAGGGGAACGGCAACCAUGAAUGAAGAAAACAUAGAUGGAACAAAUGGAUGCAGUAAAGUCCGAACUGGUACUCAGAAUGAAGCAGCGUUACUUGCUUUGAUGGAAAAGACUGGUUACAACAUGGUUCAAGAAAAUGGGCAAAGGAAAUUUGGUGGUCCUCCUCCAGGUUGGGAAGGUCCACCUCCACCUAGAGGCUGUGAAGUUUUUGUAGGAAAAAUACCUCGUGAUAUGUAUGAAGAUGAGUUAGUGCCUGUAUUUGAAAGAGCUGGGAAGAUAUAUGAAUUUCGACUUAUGAUGGAAUUUAGUGGUGAAAAUCGAGGUUACGCUUUUGUGAUGUAUACUACGAAAGAAGAAGCCCAGUUAGCCAUCAGAAUUCUUAAUAAUUAUGAGAUUCGACCAGGGAAGUUUAUUGGUGUAUGUGUAAGCCUGGAUAACUGCAGGUUAUUUAUUGGAGCUAUUCCCAAGGAAAAGAAGAAAGAAGAAAUCUUGGAUGAAAUGAAGAAAGUUACAGAAGGAGUGGUAGAUGUCAUUGUUUACCCCAGUGCAACUGAUAAGACCAAAAAUCGUGGUUUUGCAUUUGUCGAAUAUGAAUCUCACAGAGCUGCAGCUAUGGCUAGGAGAAAACUAAUUCCAGGGACUUUCCAACUAUGGGGCCAUACCAUUCAAGUAGAUUGGGCUGACCCAGAGAAGGAAGUUGAUGAGGAGACCAUGCAGAGAGUUAAAGUUCUCUACGUACGAAAUCUAAUGAUCUCAACUACAGAGGAAACAAUUAAAGCAGAAUUCAACAAAUUCAAACCCGGUGCGGUUGAACGAGUAAAGAAACUUCGAGAUUAUGCCUUCGUUCACUUUUUCAACCGAGAAGAUGCAGUGGCUGCCAUGUCUGUUAUGAAUGGAAAGUGCAUUGAUGGAGCAAGUAUUGAGGUCACACUGGCAAAACCAGUGAAUAAAGAAAACACUUGGAGGCAGCAUCUUAAUGGUCAGAUUAGCCCCAAUUCUGAAAACCUGAUUGUGUUUGCUAACAAAGAGGAGAGCCACCCCAAAACUCUUGGCAAGCCACCGACACUUCAAGCUCGUCUCAAUGGCCAGCAUAGCCCAAGCCCUCCUGAAAUCGAAAGAUGCACUUACCCAUUUUUUCCUGGAACAAAGCUUACUCCAAUUAGUAUGUAUUCUUUAAAAUCCAAUCAUUUCAAUUCUGCAGUAAUGCAUUUGGAUUAUUACUGCAACAAAAAUAAUUGGGCACCACCAGAAUAUUAUUUAUAUUCAGCAACCAGUCAGGACGGGAAAGUACUCUUGGUGUAUAAAAUCGUUAUUCCUGCAAUUGCAAAUGGAUCCCAGAGUUACUUCAUGCCGGACAAACUCUGUACUACGUUAGAAGAUGCCAAGGAACUGGCAGCCCAGUUUACGUUACUUCAUUUGGACUACAAUUUUCGUCGCAGCUCAAUAAAUAGCCUUUCCCCUGUUAGUGCUACCCUCUCUUCUGGGACACCCAGCGUGCUUCCUUAUACUUCAAGGCCUUACUCUUAUCCGAGCUAUUCCUUGUCACCAACAGUGUCACUUGCUAAUGGCAGCCAUGUUGGACAGCGACUAUAUAUCUCCAAUCAGGCCUCGUUCUUCUGAAGAAAAUACUGUAAACAGGAGUAUGAAAGUUUCUUUGUAAAGCCAGCAAAUUAAAAUACUCUUUUAUUUUAGAAUCGGGUUUGCACAUUUGGUUUUAAAAUGAUAAUUAUAUAUUUAUUUCAACAUAGUAAAACAUCACAAUUCAGAAUAACUUACAGUUGUAAAACUUGUAAAAAUGCUAAGUUUAAAAAGUUACUCAGUGAUUUCUCUUGAUAAAGGCAUAACAAACUACUAUUCUUUUUAAACUUUCGGGAUUUUAAAUAACUUCUAAUUCCUGAGUGGUCAGUAGAACCUAGAAGUUUACGUUAAAUUUUUUCAUUAUAACUUUGCUAGAGUUUCACAAACAUUAAAGCACUUGCAGACAGUGGUUACACUAGAUUUGAUUACCAAGGAUCACCAUCUGUAUUAGAGAUUAGAACAAUUCUGUAACCAGAAGCAUCUAACUAUUAUGUAGAAAGAAAUGAAGGGCAAAAAGAUUAAGAUGCAAAUUUAUGCAGUACUAAAGAAAAAGCAGUCUACCAUUGUGGUCCUUGAAAAUAACUAUAAAUAUUUCAGUUGAUGAUUAUUUGUUAUAGAAAUAAAUUAUAAUUUUGCUGUUAAUGUAUUUAAGGUUUUUAUAGUUAUGCUUCAUUUGUGUUUGAUAUUCACUGUAUAGUUGUUUGAGUAAUAAGUGUUUAGAGUUUUUUAAUGUUGAAAUCAUGUGUUGUUUAAUUUUUGUACUUGAAUUCAAAUUCUUGGACAUUAAAUAUGCGAUGCUUCUAA